UUGAUGUUGACAGCGGAUCGGAGGACUUGUCUUUCUCGCGUGUCCUAAUUAUUUUGUUGUUUUGGCUUUCGAAAGUGGAUACUAGUGUGCAUCGCGAGCGUUACUGUAGUACUGAGAAUCAUUGAAAGGCAGCUCAGAUCUUCUGAAAAACAACCAACGCCUUCUUGUUCCUGAGCCCUAGAUCUACGGAGCUAAUGAUUUACGUGAGCCGCUGUACUCAUGGUGCUCAAACCUGUGCUGAAACGGUGUCGUACUUAGUCUUUUCAUGCACUAUUUACAAUAGUAUUACUAAAAAGUGUUCAUGCGUUGACAGAAGUACAACGCUAUUUCUGCCGCUACUGCUGCACUCUAUUCAGAUCAGUACUAUCCCGCUGUGCAUGUAUGUACCCGAACGCGGUCAUGGACGUUCGGUAAUGCCAAUGAUGAAAUUUGAAAUCCUUCCUUUGCAGUGCGUGGAAGUGUGGAAACUCGAUAAAAAGAAAGCAGUUUCCUGACUUCAGCUGACGAGUACCGUUGUCGGUGGUCCCGUGGGUUCAACCGCCCGCAGCGCUGCAGCGGUUGGUGGGAUCACUCUAUCGGCCAUGAUACGCUAUCACGACAUUCUUGCGCUACAGUCACAGAAGGAGAGGCUGCAGGCGUAUCUUCAUGCCGAUGUCUUGCUCAUCUUCGAUCAUCUCGUCCAUGCCUGGGUGUUCCAAGGAACUGCCGAGUAUGUAGCCAUCAAGCAGCAUCUGUCACAGUACGAUCAGCUGACGGAACUUCUCCGGUUAUUGAUCGAGCACGAACACGACAGCAGCAGCCAUACUGAUAGUCAGGCGGAUGACAGAAAUGUUUUCAAAAUCCUCUGCAACGUCCUGCGUAUACUCCAGCAUCACAGCAUUGCUGAUCAGCUGGAGAUCAGUUCUCGCAGAUAUCGUCGAGAUGGAUCACCAGAGCAGGCCAGUCAGUGUGAGCUAGCCAAACGUCGCAUGACAUACACUGAGGCAAUAUGCUGGGCACAUGACCAGGUUCAGAGAGUCAGUCAACAGAAUGGUGGUGACCCCAGACAGCAGAAUGGUGGUGGAUCCAGACAGCAGAAUGGCCAUGGGUACAGCAAUCAGCAUUACCAUAUGGAUAGCAGUGGUGGUGGUGAUCCAGUUGAAGGAUUUCGCAGUCACCUGCAGAAAAGGUGUGCGGUGGAGUCUCGCCGUACAAACAUGGCCCAAGCGAAGGAGAAUGCUGGUGACACGUAUAUCUCAAUGAUGGUUAUGAGUCAACGCGAGGCUUUACGACUAGCGGCACGGAGAGGCAAGCGUAAAGCUGGCCGGAGUGCAGCGUCAGUGUUUCUUGCUGAUAACAUGGAUGCCACUAACACUGAUAGUUUUGAACUGCGUGAUCCCGUGCAGCUGCUAUUGAAACGUGACCCGACAUCACACUUAGAACAAAGUCAGUGUAAUGGUCAGAGUAAUGUCUUGGAUAGCAAAGACACAGCGGUAGCGGCACCCAAGGAACCAAUCCAGUUACUGAAAAGCUGCAUGUUAAUGUCGGCAGCAGGGAAAGGCAAGACUAUGGCCUGCCGUCGUGUCAUGGCCGAUUAUGCAAACACAAAGACAAGUAGCAUACUUCGAUCUCAGUUUGACUUUGUCAUCCCAAUCUCCUGCAGAGACACAGAACGUGUUAGCACCGACUGCUGGUCAAAGUUCCUAGGAUUGGAUCACUCUGCACUCCACUUAACUACUACAGAGCGAGAAGAGGUUCUGCGAUAUUUAUCAGCACAUUCUGAUCGUGUUCUGAUACUGCUGGAUGGCGUCGACGAAGGUGGCAAGGCCGCAUUCCGCAGCACAUCAGCUGCCCACCACUUCAUGGCUGAGACAAACGAGAAUCUACUUGUGAAUGCCUCUGUGAUCAUCACAAGUCGUCCAUGUGAGAAAGCAACAGAUCUCGUAGCACAGUGCAUGGUGCACUACCGACUAACUGGUUUCACUGAUACUCAGCUGAAAGAUUUCUGCUGUCAGCAACUACAGUUGGAGAUGGGUGAGAGGUGUAUAGCUCAGCUAUCUCAACCGUCUUGCAAGCAUCUCAAACAAGCAGUGCAAAGCACUCCUCUUCUGGCUGCUCUACUCUGCCAGCAGUUUGCAGUUAGUGAAUCGGUUCCACCGUGCACAUCAGCAUUCUACAUACAGUUUGUGUGUUCUGCCAUCACGGAGUAUGAGAAAAAGCACAAGAAACAGUUCAGUAAAGUUAAACUCCCACAGCAGCAUGUUGCCACCAAGGGUGUAUGCACUGCUGAGGUGGUAGGUGAUGACAGUUUGGAGGAGUACACUGUGCAGGAAGUCAUUAGAAACAAUCUCGACCAGUAUGUAGAGCAAGGCGGCACCCAUACGUCUGCAUGCAAUGAUGGUGCAGAGUUGAUCCGAGCUCUAUGUCAUCUCUACAAUGCGUCACUGGAUAGUCUGCUCCAAGGUCAUGCAUGGAUUGCUGCCUCGGACAUGGCAUCGCACGACGUUGCAAUUUGCAAGCAACUUGGAUUCCUGGUCUCAAUGGAUAGCCAUGAGAAUGUACCGUGGGAUUCACCGAGAGAUGAACGCCUAGCUCUCCUACAUCUUACAUUACAGGAAUUCUUUGCUGCGCGAUGGUGCGGUAUGUCCAGUGAUGUCAUCAAGACUCUAUCACAUUGUGUGCAUGAGGUCGGUGUGGGUGAGGAGACGCGUCCAUUUUGGCGGUUCAUCUGUGGCUCCAUUGACAAGCAGUUCCUACCCGCUUUUUUUGAGAUGAUGAUGAAGGAAUCGCCGGCUAGCACGGGUAUUCAACAUCGACAGUUCUACCUAUUCCUGUUGACAUGCCUGUUAGAGAGUAGCCUGUCAUCACCGUCUUCUUCUCGCCAUUCUCUACCUGUGCAGUCAGAGUGUGAGUGUCUUGCAAGAGCUGCAGAGGUGUUGCUGAAUGAUUGUGGAGAACUCAAUGUACACGGAGUGCAUCUGACUGACCUGGAUGUGGCUGCCUUGUGCAAUCUCCUGCAGCUGCUGAGUGAGAUUCCCGUACUGAACACCAGCAACUGCAACCUAUCUGUCGACAACAUCACAGAUCUUGCACCGCUGUUCGUGAAAUGCUCUUACGUGAACUUGCAAGGGAAUGACUUGAGUGGCAAGCCGCUGUCAGACAUUGCGUCAAGUCUUCUACAGUCCAGCAGUGAUGUUUGCAGAGUGCACACUAUCAAUCUUGGAGAUGCAUGCCUAGUGGAGAGAGAUGCACCUGUUUUGGCUAAGCUGUUCCAGUUGCCUGGGCUUCACACCGUCUAUGUGAAUGGUAAUCGCCUGGGCAAUGGCGGUGUCGCCCUUCUGGUCAGAAACAUGGCCGCCGGGAAUUGCAACAUCUCUACGUUCACUGCAGUCGAGUGCGGACUCGUUGGUGGCUGCGGUCGACACAUCGGAUCUCUGCUCCGUGCCUUGCCAAACCUGACAACCCUGAAGCUGCACUGCAAUCACUUGGAGGACAGCGACGCCAAGCAUGUCCUUUCCGCUCUGCAACAUCACAUAUACGUACAGGAACUCGAUCUAUCAAACAAUGUACUUACCACUGAUGUACGGUGCGGGAUUGUGGAGUUUCUGGCCUCCAGGCGAAGGCGUCUCACGACUCAAAACUCGCUGAGUACGGAUGAGCACCCGUUGAUGAUGCCACCGCGUUGCAGUCUAAACCUGACCGGUAACGAUGUGGAUGUGUCAUUGCUGGAGUCAGUGCGUGCGUCCGGUGUGUGCGGUGAUGAUGUCGUCUUCAUUGCCGAUCAGUACGUCACCCGCUGUGAUGUGCGCCAACGCACCAUCAAGGAUAUGGUGGCCGAGCACGGCGGGUUCCUGUACGGUCAGGCAUCCGAUGGGACAAUGGCAUCACUCGGCGAGUAUGUCGCAACGGACACCAGCACGGAGGCGCUGUAUCUCUUCAGCAGCAAAAUCUCCGAUGCGGGGAUUGUCGAGCUGGCUAGAAAGGGACUGCGCUUCAACAGGACACUGCGCAAGCUCAGCCUACACGACAACCGGAUUACGCUAAGCGGGUUUGCUGCCGUGGUCGACGCAAUGCGCCACUCGCCUCUCGAAUGCCUGCUGCUCACCCUCAACCCUCUGUUCCACGGCGGUGGCAUCACCGACAUUGACGACUAUCUCACGCUGAUGUCGGCGCUGGCGGAGUGUGGACACCUGCGCUGCUUAGCACUGAGCCACGCUGGCAUUACUGAUCAUGUAGCAACAGCACUGCUAGCAGCACUGAGCGGACAUCCUUCACUUGAAAUAUUGCUGAUGGAUGGCAACAAUUUGUCCGAGAGUACCAUGAAGAAGCUGGUGGAAAUGAAAGAGACUACGCCUGCGCUGAAGCUUGUCUCGCUCAUCAACAACAAGAUCUCCAGGGCCGGCGUGCAGCUGCUGGUGAAUUCCCCGGACGUCAUGUCCAUGGAUCGCGUGUGGAUUGGCGGCAACCCGUGCUGCGAUGACGUGAAGGUCAGCCAGCCACUGACCUACAGCCGGGAGUGGCUAAGCGAGGAGUUCUUCUCGAACUUUGUGAGCUGAAUUACAUGGCUUGUGUUGGUUGACGAACACGAGUGUGUCUUCUCAUUCAACUCCGAGUUUAAAGUGUGCAGAGGGGCUGCAACAAUCCACAGAUAUUCCUGUUGAGGGACAUAGCAAACUGCUACUUCUGAAGCAUGUUGACCACUGCAUGCAUCAAACAUCUAGUGGCCAUGCACUGGUGUGGGAUUGCAAUAGUUGUGCCACGGAUACACUGUUCCAGCCCAGGCUUGACGUUCACCGGGAUGCGGGCCACGCCAGGAUGCAGCCGCAACGAAUACAUCGCAUACUUUAGUACUGCGGCCUUGUCCACACCCGCUCACUGAACGGCUACUGCACUCAGAUGGCGAAGUGUCUCGUCCAGCAAGCCCAGUGCCUCGGUAGAGCAAGUACAAGCAGCGUGACCACCAACCCAGUCCAGCCGUGUACUACACUGUGUCAGGAGAAGAAUUCAUCAAGCACAAGCUGGGCAUAGCGGGUCCAGACAUGGAGGAGGCUGUGUACGACCUAUAGGCCAAGCAUACCUGACAGCACAGCAAUCCUAUAGGCCAAGCAUACCUGACAGCUCAGCAAUGUACGUGACUGUACAUGUACUACAAGUGCACAGUGACUAUCAGCCGGUGCCAAGCGGUAGCCGUGCAGCGCUAGCUACCACUCUGUCAGGAUGACGGUGGCCAGUACGGUACCUGUUUGUGUGCGUGCAUGCACGCAUGCAUGCGUGCAUGUGUGAGAACAGUGAUGGCGGUUUAGUCCCUGGGCUCACUGCCACUGUCCAACAGCUAGAGAACGGGACAAGUUCGGCAUGUAUGUAUCUGCUCUCGCUGGUUCGGACUCUGCUCUCUCUGCUGUCCUUCCGGGGCCCCACGUGACUCUAGUGGUAGUGGCUCUACAGGACAUGGUGUGUGUGUGUGUGUGUGUGUGUGUGUGUGUGUGUGAAAAUUCAAAGCAUUUGUGAGUAAUAUUGCCAGCUAAUUGCUGUAUAAUUAUUGUACUGGUCCCAUUCUUAUGGAUGAAAGAACACUCUUUGUGUUUCACCUUCAUUUUAGUGAUUUCUUGUAAAUUUCGCGUCCUUUCGGGGAUUUGUGCUCUCCCCUUGUCAAGGGGGGGGGGGGGUAACACUGUACUA